UCUGUAUUUUUUUUUAUUGAUAGGCCCUGGUGAGAAGGACUGCAGAGAUGGUUAUACAGUCUGAACCGACUUUUUUAUUAAGGUUAAAGGAACGGUUCAAUUUUUUUUACAAGUUGAGAUUCAAUCGCUUUAGAAUGAGGGUUGCUGGACUGAAUAUGUACUCUUCUUGUGUAGAUGGUGUUGAUUUUCUUAAGUUCUUCAGAGCAUGUAGAAUGUCAGACACAUUGUUUUCUUGGUUUCUGGUUACACAACUACAUGUUUGGAUGUGUAUGUUGAGAUUGAGGCACGAAGGUCGUGAAGGAAAGUACAUGACCCAUUACCUUAUACUUUCCAUGUGGACUGAUGUCACAGAAAGAGCACGUGUAAUGGAUAUUCCUUCAUCGAAAAUAAGAGAAGCAACAUCAAAGAUGGUAGAACAAUUUCAUGGAGUUUUGUUAGCUUAUGAUGAGGGUAUUUUGUCUGAUGAUCAUGUUCUUGCCGGUGCGCUCUGGCGGAAUCUAUUCCUUCAGAGAUGUGAUGACCCUGAAGUGUUAGCCGAUAUGGUGGAAUAUGUAAGAAUCCAGGUUCAGUAUCUGGAGACAUUAGAUAGUUCCCAAUUGCUGCAAAAGGGACGUAUUAAGUGGUUGCCAUACAAAGGGAACAUUUCACAUCUGCCAGAGGAUCUUAAAAAAGCAAUAUCAGUUGAUGAAGAACUUCUAGGUCCAGAUCCAAAUGCUGCUGAUAAGAUUCCCACAUGAUGCUACCUCUUGGAAUUCUAUUACAGUGACUUUGAAACAUUUUCUCUUGCAGUGAAAACUAAAUAUAUUAAAUUUAUUAUGAAGAACUAAUUGAUUUUUUUUUUUGUAAUCCUUUUUAUUUUAAUGGAGUAGUUGGAGUUGAUAUUAAAAAUACACUGACAAAAACAA